UGAAUCAAUGUAUCAUAAUAGUGGUAGUAUAUGUGAUUUGCUCGUAAAAUUAUUAAAAAAUAUUGUUGUUGUUGUCAUAAAUUGUGAUGUGAAACAACAAUCUAAUAAUAUCGAAUGGAUCAACAAUCCAUUAGUAGCUCAACAAUGAUGGGAAAAAAGCCAAAAUAUCCUGAUCCUAAUCUUGUCGAUGAAUAUGUCACUGCUGCAAUACAACAACGUUAUGAUAUCGAUGAUGAACCAUCGCGUGGUAAUGAAGGUGAUGAUGAAGAUGAUGACGACGACGAUGAUGAUGUUGUACGUAAUGAAGUUGAUGAUGAAGUUGACGAUGAUGAUGAUGAUGAUGAAGUAGUCGUCGACGAAGAUCCAAGUUCAAGUUUGGCCACAGGUUCAGGAAUGAUUAACCAUGGACUAGCUGAUCCAAUAAUCGGUAUUAUUGAUCAUGAUUUCAAUCAAUCAUUAGCACGACAACGUAUAUCGGCAAUACAGAGUCGUAUGAAAAAUUUUGAAACAAUAUUAACACAUCUUAAAUGUCAAUUAAAUAAUAUGCAUAAACAUGAUAAUGAAAUGCUUAAAAAAGUGGUCACUUUAAACGAUGAGAUUGCUGAAUUAAAUCUAUUAGAAAGUUAUGAAUCAUCGAAAUUAACAUCAACAACAAAUUCUAUUAAUAAUCAUCAUCAAACGGAAAAUUUUUCCGAUUUAGUUCUUGCUGCCGCUGAAUAUGGCCAUCAUCAACAACAUUCACAUCAUCAUUCAAUAGAUUCAUCAUCAUCAUCAUAUCAUAUGAUGAAAAAUACUAAUUACUAG